AGACGAAUACAUGAUACUGUCCAGAUAAUCUUCACAUGCUCAUGGGUGUCAGGAAUGAUAGAAGGUGCCCGCAAAGUUAAGUGGCUGCCAGAGGAGCAGCUUUAUAAAGAGGAAAGGGUCGAGCAGAGCAGCUGGACCUUUUUUUUAAAAUAUAAUUUAAGUUCCUUUCUGUUUAUGUGUUGAGUUUGCAGCAAUCGUCCCGAGGAUGAUUUACUGUCGAGUGACCUAUAUUUAAGCUGUUACACAUUUAGAGUAUGAGCUGUCAGUGGCAUUAAGGCUGCACAACUGAAUUUUUUUUUUUUUUUUUUUUUUUGCGCACUGGGUCCUCGACCCAGUCCUGCGUGCUCAGUGAAAAUCACAGGAAGCGCCACAGAGAUGGUGGAGGGAGGGACUCCUUCUCCUCCUCGCAACGUCUCACGUUACCGAGCUAUAGCGAAGUAGCGAAGUCAGCGCCCGAGCCAACUGCGCCAUAUGAGCCUGCCUCCUCACCCAAAUGUGACAAAACUCCGCUCAGGGACCCGCUCACGCUCACGCUCUCGCAUCAACGUUUUACAUCUUUUUACAUUUCCUUUACGCAUGAGAGCGCGGCGAAUGCGCCCCAACGCCCGGUGGAUAUUGGGUCAAUUCACAAUGGAACCGGGCGGCUUGACGCGACCGUGCCGGGCGUGUUGGUGCUGUGAGUGACGGCGGCAGCUGCGGACCUGGAAGAAGAAUCUUCUCAUGGGACCUCGCGGCUGUGAAGCGCCUGAUCUGGAGGCAACGUGAGGAGCGCGCAUACCUCCAGAAAACGGAGGGCGGCAAGACUCUCCCCUCUGCGCCCGACAGCUGCCGAGGAGCUGACACCGGUCAGUGCCGAUUGAUGAGAAAAAGGCACCGGGAGAGACUUUAUCCUUCAGUCGGCCACGGACAGUACCUUCAAAGCCACGGGGCUGUGGGUACGUAGUAUGGGAGCGCUAUGUUGUCCAGGAAGGGAAUCAUUCCUGAGGAUUUCUUGCUGACGCGUUUGGCUGAGGAUGUCCAGCAUCCAAAGUUCAAAGCGAAGCCGCGCAAGGCUCGGUUCGUCGCCAAGAACGGCGCCUGCAAUGUGGCGCAUACGAACAUCCGAGAGCAGGGCCGGUUCUUGCAGGACGUGUUCACCACUCUGGUGGAUCUGAAAUGGCUCCACACGCUCAUCAUUUUCACCAUGUCCUUCUUGUGCAGCUGGCUCCUUUUCGGGAUGAUCUGGUGGCUGGUUGCCUUCGCCCACGGCGACUUGGACCAGAGCGACGACGACUUUGUCCCGUGCGUAACGGACAUUCACUCCUUCUCCUCCGCGUUCCUCUUCUCCAUAGAGGUCCAGGUGACCAUCGGUUUCGGGGGCCGGAUGAUCACGGAGGAGUGCGUCUCGGCCAUCAUCAUAUUGAUCGUGCAGAACAUCGUCGGUCUGGUCAUCAACGCCAUCAUGCUCGGCUGCAUCUUCAUGAAAACCGCGCAGGCCAACCGGCGCGCAGAGACGCUGAUUUUCAGCAAACACGCCGUCAUCUCGGUGCGAAACAACAAGCUGUGCUUCAUGAUCCGCAUCGGAGACCUGAGGAAGAGCAUGAUCAUCAGCGCCACCGUGCGGAUGCAGGUGGUGAGGAGAACCACCACCGAGGAGGGCGAAGUGGUUCCUUUGGACCAAAUCGACAUCCAGAUGGACAACCCGGUGGGCACCAACGGCGUCUUCCUGGUGUCUCCUCUCAUCAUCUGCCACGUGAUCGACAAGGCCAGUCCACUGUACGAGCUGUCAGCAUCCGAUCUGCAGCACGACGACGUUGAGGUGGUCGUGGUGUUGGAGGGGGUGGUGGAGACAACCGGCAUCACCACGCAGGCCAGGACCUCGUACGUGUCGGAGGAGAUCCUGUGGGGGCAGCGCUUCGUGCCAACAAUAUCGGAGGAGGACGGCUUGUACGCCGUGGACUACUCGAAGUUUGGAAACACCGUGAAGGUGCCGACGCCGUGCUGCAGCGCCAAGAAGCUGGAUGAGAUAGGUGGCAUGGCUCGGUUUAAGCUGAACGAGGGCGCCACCUUGCGGUCGUCUGUGAGGAGGCGGCGGGGCACGACGGUGGUGCGCAGAUCCAAACUGCAGAGUCAGUGAAUCCAAGAGUCUGCCAGCAGCAUUUUAUAUGAGAUUUAAGUGAUCCAGCGUGAGGGUUAUCACACGAAGAAUAAUCAACAACCCACAUCACUUUAUGCAACACACGUUUUGUUUGUUUUUUAAACUCAGGGUCAGUGUUAAAAAUGUACACAAACAGAAUGAACUGAUGGUGAAAUGAGUCCUGAUUCCAGAAUGCAUCCUUCUCUCUCUCUUUUUUUAUUUUAUUUUAUUUAUGAGUGACUGCAUGUAUCUAAAACUAAUAAAUGAGAAUGCUUGAUGGG